CACAAUCUGUCUUUCUUCAAGUGCUGGGAUUCCAGGUGUGUGCCCAGCCUCGUGUGAGUGUGUGAUGCUGACUAAACUCAGAGCGUCUUCCAUGCUGCCAGUCCCUCACACUCAGCGCAGGCACCCCUACACACACUUCAUUUAGAUCACACUGGGUGGAAGGUGUGUGUGUGCAGAGGGCACCUUCCCACAGGAAUUUAUCCACUGGGCCAGAUCACCAGGGCCCAACACACCCCUUCUCUCCCUUUCUCCUCAACUCCUUCCCCAGCCCUCAGACGCCAGCCUUUGGGGAAUAUGCCCUCCAGCCACAGGCUCCCAUCAUGGCAUCCUGCCUCCCAGGCAGAUGAAGAGCAUGCUCAAGGACGCUGGGAAAGGCCAGGCCACACGGGACACAGAUGACUCAGGACCACGCUGGCCUUGGAGGGCCUGCUGCUUCCUCCGAUCUGGCAGGAAGAUGUGCCCAGCCCAGCCCAGCCCCCCUGCCCUCUCCUGGCCUGAGGACUGACCCGCAGCCCCGGCUCUUCCUCCUCAGGUCCCCCGCAGCAGCAGGUGGAGAGCAGGCUCGGCGAGCUCCUGAAAUGCCGGCCGCCGGCGCCGCUGCCGCCGCCCGGGCCCUGGCCGCCGGCGAGUGCCCUUCUCACCUGAGGAGGAACCCAGACCGGCGAGGGGCCACUGAGCCCAGGAAGGCGAGCAGGCCGGCCGGGACGGCGAGUGCCUGGUGGAGUGGCAGUCCAGGGCCAAGGUUGGUGUUCAACCGUGUCAAUGGCCGGCGGCCCCUUGCCACUCCUCCAUCCUUGGAGGUACCCCAGGAGACUUACACGUUAGCACACGAGGAGAAUGUCCGCUUUGUGUCAGAAGCAUGGCAGCAGGUGGAGCAACAGCUGGAUGGCGGCCUGGCCGGUGAGAGUGGGCCAAGGCCUGUGCAGUAUGUGGAAAGGACCCCUGACCCCCGGCUGCAGAACUUUGUGCCCAUUGACCUGGAUGAAUGGUGGGCGCAGCAGUUCCUGGCUAGAAUCACCAACUGUUCCUAGCAGCUGCCCUGGGCGGAAUGCUGCCAUUGCAGACCUUUGCCAGAAGAGGCCUACGGUGUCUGCCAGCCUGCGCCUGUGGCCUGACGCCAUGCCAGCCACACCUGAAGUGCCAGCGUUGGGACUUUCGCACCUGUUGUUCCCUUGGCUCAGCUGUCUCAGUUGCCAAGGCCAGGGGCUGAACCUGUUUGACCUCAAUCCUCUCUGCGCCAGGGGCCGGCCCUGGCUAACAGGGCGUACGCCAGGCCAAUAAAGUUGAGAAAGUGU